AUGUCUUCUUCUAAUCAAAAUACAACACAAACAACAACAAAAGAAAACUGUAAAGAAGAAAAUACCAAAAAAGUAUUACGACCUUGUUGUGUUUGUAAAGAAACGAGAAUGGUACGUGAUGAAUGUAUAAUAUUAAAUGGAGAAGAAAGUUGUGGAGCAUUAAUUGAGGCACAUAAAAAAUGUUUAAAAGAAUAUGGGUUUGAAAUGUGAUUACUUAGACUUUGAAAGUUUGU